AUAUAUAUAAUUACUUAAAAAUGGAUGUGUCUAUUAUUAUUCCAAUCUAUAAUGGUUCCACCUGGAUAAAGCCUUGUUUUGAAGCAAUCUUAGCACAAACUGCUUUGAAGGAAAUCAAGCUAGAAGUUAGCAUAUGCAAUGAUUCCAGCGAUGAUGACACACAAGAACUACUUGAUAAAUGGAAAAGUUUAUUUGAAGACAAUAAUAUCACUUUUAAAUGUUACCUCAAUGAUACCGGUUCACCUAAAGGUGUUGGAUAUGCGAAAAACAAAGCAGUUGAAUUAUCAACUGGUCAAUAUCUUUGUUUCCAAGAUGUGGAUGAUGUUAUGUUACCUGAAAGGAUUUUGAUGCAAUUCAAGGAGGCCAAAGCACUUUCCAAUGAUUAUCUGAUUGGUAGUAAAUUUGUACGUGAACCUCGGGAUUCGACGAUUCGUUAUACAAAUUGGGCUAAUAAUUUGUCAAAUGAGCAAUUGGUUAAUCAAAUUUAUACUUCCAAUGGUCCAACAAUUAUUAUGCCAACCUGGUUUUGCCAUAGAUCUGCAUAUGAUAGAGUUGGUGGGUUUGUGGAAGAUGGUAAAGGAACUCCUGAAGACCUGAUAUUUUUCUACAAGCAUCUGGAUCUGGAUGGGAAAGUUUAUAAAGUUGAAACAAAUUUGUUAGUGUAUUACUACCAUCAGCAUGCCACUACGUUCUCGAUAAAAGAGGAAACCAUUUGGAAUCUGCGUUUGGAGCGUCUGCAGAGCAAGGUUCUAUGUAAUUGGAAGACAUUUACCAUCUGGAAUGCGGGAAAGCAAGGCAGGAAGUUUUAUAACUCUUUGAGUGCGGAAAAUAGAGUGAAGGUGAUGGCCAUGUGCGAUGUAGAUGUCAAGAAAGUUAACAAGAAGUAUACGCCCUACGACGCAAGGUUGAGGAAAGCAGGCAAACCAUUGGAUAUGGUGCAUUUUAAAGACGCUAAACCGCCGUUCGUGAUUUGCGUUAAAUUGGACAUGACCGGCGGCUGUUUCGAGAAAAAUCUGGAGUCACUGCAAUUGAAGGAAAACCUCGAUUACGUUUAUUUCAGUUAAAAUCACAUAUUUUAUAUAAAUUACAAUAAAUUAAUGUUGUUAAUCAACUACGCUACUCUGUAAAUGAUGGAUAGUUUAGAGGUCGU